AUGUCGCCAGACUCCAGAUCCGACUUCCUUUACUUGACGCACCCAACACCAGAGGAGAAGCUGGCAACCUGGAACCUCAAUUCCGUCAAUUGGGGCACCGCGCUCUCCGUCCCCGACUACCUCGAACGCGAGCAGUUCCUCACCACCGUUCCUCUUGCAAGAGACGGCGGUGUAACACACUGGAUCCUCGUCGACCGAACCCUUCCCCCUAACGAGCGUCCCAUCCUCGCCUCCUGCGAAUCCCUCCGCAAGCCAGUCUUAGUAUCCCACAACGGCGUUAUCACAGAAGGCAUCACACACGGAAUUGGCAGCGUAUUCAGCCAGCCCAAGUUUCGAGGGAAGGGAUACGCGAGUCGGAUGCUGCGAGAGCUGGGUCCUGUAUUGAAGGACUGGCAGGUCGACAAAAACGUUUGCUGCCCAUUCAGCAUCCUGUACUCGGACAUUGGGAAGAAAUACUACGCAAAGUUCGGAUGGGUGCCCUUUCCCAGUACACACAUCGCUUUCCCGCCAGCUUCGAACAGCAAGCCCUUUAACGCGAAACCUUUAGCCUAUCCCGAUCUCGAGGAACUCUGUGCGUUGGACGAAACAUACAUCAAACGAAGCCUCGAAACCGCGAAGGACGAGAAAGUACACAUUGCCUUGAUCCCAAACCACGAUGUCAUGCAAUGGCACCACAAGCGCGAAGACUUUGUCUCCGGCAAAAUAUUUGGCAAAUUGCCUAACAUCAAAGGCGCUAUUGCCGGUGAGCCCGGCUCCCGCGUUUGGGCUAUCUGGACACGAGCUUUCUAUGGCCCUUUAAAACCGGAAUCAGGAAAUACACUUCAUAUACUACGACUCGUUAUUGAGGAUGAAGCAGACGUGGAAGCUAAUGCAACUAAAUUGAAAGGUAUUUUGGAGAUUGCUCAGGCGGAAGCGAAGGAGUGGCAGCUUGGACAUGUGGAGCUCUGGAACCCGACUGAGUUUGUCAAGCGGCUGGUUAAGGGGACUGGGUUGGAACACAGUGAGGUUGAGAGGGAGGAGGAGAGUAUUGCGAGUUUGAUGUGGUAUGGUGAGGGAAGUGGCACCUCGGAUGACAUUGAGUGGGUUGGAAAUGAGAAGUAUGGUUGGUGCUGA